AUGAACACGAACGACUGUGCUCCCAGAGAUGGGACUAACUUGACCAGAAGUGGCCCUGAUCCAUGGAGAGUGGUAAUCUCUGUUUCAUUUUCAUCACUUGUGGUUUUUAUUAUUGCGGCCAACAUCACGACCAUCGUGUCCAUGUUGCGAUCAAUGUACAUUAGGAAAACGACACAGCGGACCAGCAGAGAUAAGGUCCUGAUUGUGUCCAUGUCUGUAGGGGAUUUGUUUCUUGGAGCCUUUCCAACAUCUCUUGUUGUAUACGAGGCGACGUCUGGCGGCAUUUGGUUGCUGGGAACUACCGUUUGCGCUAUCAGGUAUUUGUCUGACCUCUGCCUGUGCACUGUUUCCAUAUAUCACGUGAUGUUUAUGGCCGUAGACAGGUAUCUAGCCGUCUGCAAGCCACUCCUACAUCGGACCUUGCCCAAAAAGACCGAGUACAUCAUGGUGUUAAUUAGCUGGAUUGUGCCUACUGCUCUAGUGUUUCUGCCAAUCCUAGGACAUUCAUACGGGUUCGGAGGACAGUAUACGGCAGAAUGUCCCCAUACCAGCAGCGCGUGUUUUGUGCAGUUCAAUCGUGUUUAUUUAAUAAUAUUUAUUAUUACGUCUAUCAUUUUACCUCUAGUUAUCGUUCUCAUUAUCUACUAUACAGGUUUCUCCUCUUGUGUUUCAUCUAGUCCCUUUCAGUUAUCAUCGAUAUCCUCAUCAUUAUCAUCGUCCUCAUCAUCGUCUUUAUCGAUGUCAUCAUCAUCCUAUACCUCACCUGGAAGUAAUACUAACGUUUUAAAAGGACACGCAGAGCACACAGAAUAUCGAGAAGCCAACGACCAGGUGGUCACUUCUAGGAAGACUGGCCAACCAACCAAGCAAAAUCUCAAAGCUGUGAAAACGAUAGGGGUUAUUGUCGUCUGCUUCGUGGUAUGUUGGUUUCCCACGGCCGUCCAGCUGACCCUGGACGCUGCCUCCAUCUCUUCCUGUCCCAAGUGGCUGAAGCAGGUCUUUACUUGGCUGGCCUACUUAAACUCGGGCUUGAACUCUGCACUUUACUGCGCCAACACAAGCAUGAGACAGCGCAUGCGUCAUUUCUUCUGUGAAACCACUUGUUUGAAACCUGCUAACUGA